AUGGAAACCCAAGCACAUGGACUGAAAACUCUAGAGCAGCUUGACAUUCUUCCACUGUACUUACCAGAGAACUUCUGGAAACACAUCAGCACGCGGAAUAAAAGCAAGUUCCUGAAGAAAUUCAUGAAAAAACGACGUACAAACAAGACAAUGAAGAGGAAACUGAAGAAGCUGUUCAAAGAAUGCACCAUGUCUUUGAGAUCCAAACGAAGCACUGUAAAUGCAUGUCCAGACUCCCUUGGCAACAUUACUCAAGUGACCAUAAGCAAUGACACGUUCCCCUUUGGGUAUGGCACCACCACGUUCAACCACUGUCUGAGCGCCCAAGUAGUAAUGGACAAUCUGGCCAGCCUGACUGAGAAGGUAGAUGAUGAUGACAUGCAAAAGGUCAUUUUGGAGAAGCUACACCAGGCGUACCCCAAAGGUCUCUCAGACCAGCAGGUUCAGGUGCUUCGGUCGGUGUCUCGCGUGGCUUCCAUGGAGCAGAUUAACAAGUGGAACAUCACUACAGUCGACACACUAGCAGCACUGAUGGACAAUGGCAAUGGAGAAUGGGACUCCGACAAAACCAAAGUUAUUGUCACCAAGUUCUUAAGUGCUGGCAAUUCGCUUGGUGCCUCUGAACUGAAUUCAAUUGGAGGGCCUAACCUGUGCGCACUGGACCUCAGUGUGUUGCAAGGCAUCAGAAAUGACAGUCUCCGAGAUGCAGAUGCUCUGGAAAUCACUAACUGUUCCUCAGCACAUAAGGUGGCCUUCUUUGCAGUAGCUGAGAACACCUUUCCUAUCAACUUCGUUCAAAUCCGCGCCACUGCAGAUCAGCUAACAUCCUACCAGGACAUUCAGACAUACCUGGGUAAGGGCUCCCUUUUCUGCAUACAUACAGAAAAACGAUGGUGUCUUGGAUGUCCUGUAAUAAAUGUGAUUUAAAAGAUUUAGUUCACU